GUUGCUGGGUGGUGAGGUUGCGUCGGUUGAUUAUUUAGUGGCUAAUCAACUAUGCGGUACUAUGAAGAUCCAUGCGGCUAUCCUGCUCGCCAUCACCAUGGUCGUCCAAAUAUCGAGAUUGAUGUGGUUCCCGGUUGGGGUGGCGCAUAUUAUCCGCCGCCGCCUCCGCCUCGGCCCGCCGAGGUAGUCUACAUGACCCCGGCGGCCACCUAUGUGCCCGGAACUCAGGUGAUGAUGCCGCAGCCCUAUGGCGGAGUCACGGUGGCCACCAACGGAUAUUAUCCCCAACAGCAGCCGGGAUACGAAUAUCAGUACCAGUACCAGUAUCAGCAGCCCUACAACAAUCCACCCUAUCCGCAGUGGUAAAAGAUGUUGGACAAAAUAACUAUCACAGAAAUUGUUCAAGUUCAAUAACAAAUAAAAUGUAUUAUCGAUAAAGUGUAACAGAGCGAUAGAUAACAAGAAAACCACACAAAUA